AUGAUCAGUGCAAUCAUCUGGAACAUUAGAGAAGUUAGAUCAAGAAAGGCCAUUCACAAACUAAAGAGAAUGGUCAAUAAACACAAGACUGAUAUGGUUGCUAUGUCAGAACCAUUGGUAAAUAGUAAUAAAAUUGAGGGUUACAAAAGAUUCUUGGGCUUCAAUCACUGCAUCUCCAACAUCAAUGGCAAAAUAUGGUGUUUUUGGAGAGAUGGAUGUGAUGUUAGUGUUAUUCAGAAUCAUGUCCAGCAAAUGACGUUAAAAGUUCAAAAAAAUCAAAAUUGUCAGGAGAUGUUUGUAACUGCUGUGUAUGCUAAGUGUACUGCUUCUGAAAGAAUGGAGUUAUGGAGCAGCCUGGAAAAUCUCAACAGGGUUAUUAAUCAACCUUGGUGCGUAGGAGGGGAAUUUAAUGUCAUCCUCCAUCCGGAAGAAAAAAUUAGAGGACUACCUCAUAGAAACUCCGAAAGUUAUGACUUUUUUGAAUGCAUGGACUCGUGUGGAAUGAUGGACAUUGGGUAUAUUGGCUCUAAUUACACAUGGUGUAAUAAUUGGAUCCCAAGCUUGAGGAUAUGGAAGAGAUUAGACAGAGUUUUUGUGAACGACCAAUGGGCCCAAAAAUACAGUUCCAACACUGUGAAACACCUACCAAGGGUCGGAUCUGAUCAUAGGCCUAUGUUAUUCAAAAGUAAAAAUGAUCAAGGUAGUGGCAUGAAAUACUUCAAGUUCUUAAAUUUCUGGACAUCUCAAGAAGACUUCAGGGAGAUAGUUUGUAACACCCCUCAUCUCGGAGCUGAGUUAAGCUUAAAUCAUUAA